GAAGGGGACUCAGAGCGGCUUACAAAUUAAAUUUACAUACAAUAUUAUAUUAUUAGCAUAGUACAAUACUGGCAAUAAAUUACUAUAUUGUACUAUAUCAAUUAAUGUAUUGUGUAAUUUUAAUUGUUAGCUGCUUUGAGAGAGAGAAAGAGGGAUACAAAUACUAUAAAUAACUCAAUAGAGCAGGCAGGUAUGUGAGGCAGAUGCAGCCCCACACUUUUAUUUGCCUCUUGAGCCACAGAUGCACAAUGAUCAUAAUCAUAUUUGUUUUAUUGUUUAACUUUUCUCAUACAAGAUUUUAGCUUAACUUUUUGAAAAGUUCUGUAAUCCUCUUUAGGCCCUGUGCUGGGAGAAAGGCAAGAUAUCAGUUAAAUAAAUCCAGUGAAGGGCGACUGGGAUGGAAGACUUAACCACACAUGAUGACUUCUACAUUGGAUUGGGCUUAGCUCUCAUUUCCAGCUUGUUCAUCGGAGGAAGUUUUAUCCUGAAGAAGAAGGGACUUCUCAAGUUGAAUGGCAAAGGCUCUGUCAGAGCAGGUCUUGGAGGCCAUGCGUACCUGAAGGAAUGGCUGUGGUGGGGAGGACUGUUGUCUAUGGGAAUUGGAGAAGCUGCCAACUUUGCGGCAUAUGCUUUUGCCCCAGCAACACUCGUCACUCCUCUUGGAGCAUUAAGUGUAUUAGUUAGUGCAGUUUUGGCUUCCUACUUCCUGCAUGAACAGCUCAACAUCCAUGGGAAAAUUGGCUGUAUCCUGAGCAUUUUAGGUUCCACCGUAAUGGUAAUCCAUGCACCGCAGGAGGAAGAAGUCUCCAGUCUGGAGUCAAUGGCAGAGAAACUAAAGGAUCCAGGAUUCAUAGUGUUUGCUGCAUGCAUGCUGUUGAGUUCGCUCCUUCUCAUCUUCGUGGCCGGACCUCGGUAUGGGCAGCGCAACGUUCUGGUGUAUGUUCUGGUCUGCUCCGCCAUUGGCUCACUCUCCGUCUCUUGCGUCAAAGGCUUGGGCCUUGCCUUGAAAGAACUGUUCGCUGGGAAGCCUGUCUGGAAGGAUCCGCUGGGCUGGGUGCUAUUGGUGUCCCUUGUCAUUUGCAUCAGUGUUCAGAUCAACUACCUGAACAAGGCCUUGGAUAUCUUCAACACCUCUGUGGUCACUCCCAUCUAUUAUGUCCUCUUCACCACAGCGGUCAUGAUGUGCUCAGCCAUCCUAUUCAAGGAGUGGCAGCAUCUUGUCUUGAUGAAUAUCGUCGGCACUAUCAGUGGCUUCCUCACCAUAGUCCUCGGCAUCUUCCUUCUGCAUGCUUUCAGAGACAUCCCUUUUACUGCAGACCUGCUACCUCUGUUUCUGAAGCAGGACCAAACAAACAUGCAUGCAGCAUCUUGGAGAAGUGAGGGCAAGCAUCACUCUUGUGUUCACCAGCCCCUUCUGGAGGCAGAGUAUGCCAACAAGAUGGGCAUAGACAGAGCAGAAGAGCAGGCAGGCCAAGAUUUAUGAAAACUAAUUCAUUGGCUAAUAACAAUGUACAAACACUACCUUUUUAAAAGAACCUCUCAAGACUAUGGGUGCUUUCCACCAGAAAGCUGGGAUCAGGCACCAAAUACUGAAACAUUUGGGACCACUGUUUUCAGACAUGAGCUUUCACUGAUGACAUGCUUGACCAAAUUAAGAGGAUGAAUAGAACCAAGCUGGAAUUCAGAAAGUGGUCGGACUAAAUCUCACUUCUCCCAGCCUUGCUGAUUCCUUAUCUUCCAGAUUUCCUAAGUGGCCUAUAGGUUAAUAUAUACAGAUUGACAUUUUGGAUAUAUUUGCUCUGCACACAAUACCAGCUAUGAAAUGACAUGGUGUUUUGAAAUCCUCUGGAAAUAGUUGGGAGGGGAGGGGGGAUAUCUGUUCAAAGCGGGGGUGGGGGAAGAAUCGUAUAGAAUGGACACAAGUAAAAUACCAUAGCCAGGAAUGUAUAAGAAAAGGGAAAUGUUAUUUUCUCUCUUCCCUGCUUUUUCAGCUCAGGAAGUGGAGAAAAUGUCUGUGAGUAUGAAUGAGGAUUUUCCUUGUAUUUCUCUUCCUCUAGGUCAUUUUAAGAACAAUAAAUGGAAUGAAUGCCAGGCAGGCUUGUUUCUACUACCUAUGGUAGCCCAUGGAUGCUACUAGGUGCUUGGUAGGGAAUUUAGCUUUUGUACAGGCAGAUGAUACCAGACAGCUUCUUUAAGCAAAAUCUGAUUUUUGCCAAAUUCAGAAGGACUUGGUUUUCCCCCCUUCCAUAUGUGCCUCAUCUGUUCAACUUUUUUGUGAACAUAAAGACAAUGCAUUUUAGGUGGCCUUAAGGAUUAACAUGUUUAAGUAUUAAAGUUUAUACGCUAUUUAAAA